AUGGGAGUACCAACCUUCUACCGAUGGCUGGUUACUAGGUACCCAAAAAUAGCCAAAGCAACCUACGAGACGAGAGACAGCGAUGUGUACGCGAGGAGAACGAAGAUUCAAGACGGACACCGGGAUGGGGAAGGAAAGGCCACCUAUAGAGUACCAGACCUGAGCGAUUACGUAAACAACACAGAUGAAACCCAUUGCUCAGAUAACAUAAAUGGAUACUUUGACAAUUUGUAUCUCGACAUGAAUGGAAUAAUCCACCUGUGCUCGCACAGUGACAAUAGCAAGAGAGCGAAAAGUAACGAAGAAAUAUUUCUAAAUAUCUUCCUCUACAUAGAACGUCUGUUCGAUAUAAUCGAGCCGAAGAAACUUCUCUACAUGGCCAUUGACGGAGUGGCUCCUAAGGCCAAAAUGAACCAGCAGAGGAGUCGAAGGUUUAAGUCCAUCCUCUGCUCAGAAAUUGAAAGAAAUGCAUACAUCCAAUUGAGGGAAAAAUUCUUAUUAGAAAAUCGAAUAGUUCCAGAGGAGUUCACCUUCUGGGACAGUAACAUUAUAACCCCAGGGACUCAGUUCAUGUAUGAAUUGUCCGUUGCUUUGAAAUAUUUCGUGGAGCACAAAAUUACAAAUGAUGACAAAUGGAAAAACAUUGUGGUCAUUUUUUCUGAUGCUAAUGUUUGUGGAGAAGGGGAACACAAAAUUUUUAAUUUCAUAAAAUCGCAGAGGGCUCAACCUGGCUACGAUCCUAACACGAGACAUGUAAUCCACGGGAUGGACGCCGACUUAAUCAUGUUAUCCCUAGCUAGCCAUGAACCAUAUUUUUACAUUUUAAGAGAAAUAAUUAUUCUAGAUUCUAAAGGGGAGGAGAAGGUUCAAAAUAAGGACUUUGUCGGGAUGUUGAAGAGCAAGCAGGAUUUACCUCUGUGUACCACCCACACGAGAAAAACGAAAAAAAUGUAUACCAAAUAUAAUGACCCACAUUAUGCUAACAUACACAGAAGUCAUAACUGUUUGAUUAAUAGUGAGAAUUGGAACGAAUUGCAGAUCUUGGACUUGACCAUUCUGAGGGAGUACCUGUCGAAGGAUUUCCUCUUUGAUGGGAAUUACAACCUGGAAAGAUGCAUUGACGAUUUUAUUUUUAUCUGCUUUCUCUGCGGAAAUGACUUCCUUCCGCAUUUGCCUUCCAUUUCGAUUGCCGCGGGGAGCAUAGAUCAGUUAGUUUUACUAUACCAGAAGGUGCUGCCCGUGCUGGGGGACUACCUAAUUAACGAGGGCAAGAUUAAUUUGAAGCCCUUUUCCAAAUAUGUAUCCUUCAUCGCGGAGGUCGAAAGGGAAACGUUCAUUUCGCAAUACGAUUUUAAGAAGAAAAGAGAAAAGCGGGACCAGCAAAAGGACUCCCUAAAGAGGGUUAAGUGCACUGAUGAGCAAAAUGAUGGUUCGGGCAACAUCGCUGCGAUGUUUGGGAAUGCUCCCGGAAAGAGUCGCGAUUAUGAUAAUGUUGGAGGGGGACUUGCCAAUUCAAAUGCAGGAAGCCUACAGUUUAAGGACGUCAACAUGAAGAGGGGCAACGGUCACAGUGACUCCAUGGUGGUAGCCACCCAAACCGGGACAGCAUCAGCAACCUCGCUAGCCUCCGUGGUAUCGCCUCCCGCACCUGUUAAUAAGAAAAUGCUGUAUGAGUCCAAAAUACAGAGCAUGCAGCCGAUCAGGAAUUUCAAAUUUAAGGAAAAGAAAGGCGAGAAGAGCAUCAACUUCCUCGUGCGCCCGGCGUCGUCUUCCAUUUCGGAACAGGCGCCAAACAACGAACCGUCGACUUUGCAGAGCGUGAUCGGGGAGGAAGCUCCUAUAUCGGGGGAGGCGCUACAGAAGGUACAGCGCAAUGGGGAGGCAGCACAAUGUAAGGAAGAGACUAACGGGGAGGCCGCACAAUGUAAGGAAGAGACCAACAACGAGGCAGCACAACCGGGGGGUCCUCCCCCCAAAGGAGACCUUCAAUGGGACAUAGAAGACGAGGAAACCAGACGCAUCAACGAUAUUAACGAGUUUAACAUGCUCCUUAAGGAGGCGAUCAAAAAGGCAAACGAAUGUGAAAACCCUAAAGAGGACGUAGAACUUGGGGGGGAUGAAAAUCCAGAAUUGAUCAGAAUAAGAUACUACAAGUCCAAGUUCCAUUUGGACGAGAGCGACUAUGUGGACGAUUUCGUCAAAGAAGUGGUAUACAAAUAUAUUGAGGGGUUGGCCUGGGUUCUUUCCUAUUAUUUCCAAUCCUGUCCCAUGUGGCAUUGGUAUUACCCCUACUAUUAUGCACCCCUGUCAUCAGACUUAAUUAUUGACAAUGUGAAUUUUACCUUCCAAAAGGACGAACCGAUUCUUCCCCUUGAGCAGCUCCUCUGUGUGUUGCCAUCGAAUUCUAGUCACUGCCUACCUGAGAGGUAUCGAGAGUUAAUGGUACGACAUGAUUCCCCCAUUAUUGAUUUUUACCCCAAAACAUUUAAGGAGGAAGAAAACGGCAAGAAGUACAAAUACCAGUGGGUUAUCCUUCUCCCUUUUGUCGACAAGGAGAGAAUUAUCAAACAUGCUAGAGAGCUGAAUGACACCUUGAAUGAGGAAGAGAGGAAGAGGAAUCGCAGGGGGAUGAACAAAAUUUAUAUGAACUGUUCACACACUCUUUCGAAGCAAAUUACCAAGUCGAUAAAGGCAUACGUGAAGAAAAUGAAAGGGGGGGAUGAUAAGAAGAACGAUGCUGAUAUGGGUAGCACAGGCAAUGUGAAUGGCAAUCCGCCCGCUGCAAGUACCAUCGAGGUGCAGCCCCCUGCUGUUAGCGGGGCACCAACCAACGUGGAACAGGCAGCCGAGCAGCAACAGAAAGGGGGAGGCACCAACAUCGCAAACAGCAGCGCAACCCCAUACGACCAGUUUUUUAAGAACAUGAACUUAACCAUCCCGAUAAGUAACAAACAAGACGUGAACCUGUUUGGCUAUCUCAAUUGCAGACACGAAGACAGUGACGUUAACAUUUUAAAGAAAAUUUUUAAAUUCUCGUCCAAUUUUUCCACCACGUGUAAUAGCGCUUUCUUUGUCCAACCCGAACUUAUAAAACACCGCUCAUCGCUUUUGCCAAACCAUAGGAGACCAAGGAAGGUGCUCACCGUGGUUGACAUCAACAACGAGGAGAGGAAACUGAGGUUUAACGCACCCGCGGCGAAGAGGAUGAUCUUGAACAGCCUAAGUGCGAACCACCCGCAUAUUUACUCCUACACGAAGGGUAGCCAGCCGAGAAGUUAUGUCGUAAAUUACGGGGGCGGCUAUGGAAGUGGUAACUAUGGAGGAGGUGGUUACGGGCGAGGCGAUCAUGGAGGAGGCGUCUAUGGAAGUGGUGGCUACGGAGGAGGCGGCUAUGGCAGCGCCAAUUACGGGGGCCACGUUGGUCGGGAUCACCGAAGCAACUACGCCAGCGCGAAUUACAGCUCGCACAUGAGUGCCCCCAAGAACCACGCUUCCUACCAUCACGGCCCAAAUUAUUGGAGCCACCAAAAUCAUCAAGCCUAUCAAAAUCAAAAUCCCAGUUACGGCAACAGUUACGCGCCAUCAAUUUACAAAAACAUCACCAUGUACAAGGUCCCCAAAAAUGCAACCCCGGUGCACACUUACGACAGCAAAAAGGAGAGCAACUAUAACAACGCCUACGACAGCAGCUAUGCAUCGCAUAGAAACCCGCCCAGCAGGGAUAAUCCGAACUAUGACGCGCCCUACAACACUUCCCACAAUGCGAGGUACAAGAACGAGAACCGCGGCGGGUACGGGGGUCAGGGAGGGCAGACCCAUGGCAUUUACAAACACCACAGCGGAUACGGAAACUAUGGCAACCAUAACAGUAUUCAUAACAGCGAAGUCAGCCAGCACAAGCGAGACAGCUUCAAAAGCAGCGGGCAGAACGGCGCGCCAGGGAUUAACAAGAAGGCCAACUACAACGCCAGAUCCGUGCCGUACAAGGACAGGGAAUACUGA